UAUAUAUGAUGCGCAAUUUUUUCAUCUCAAAAGUACAAGUUAAUCUCCCAUUAAUCGUCAUGACUAAGCUUAUUCUGCUUUGUUUUCUAUCUAUUUUCUGCUUUGCGUUAACAAGUCAUGCCGCUACAUACGUGGUUGGGGACACAUCCGGUUGGGACAUAAGUUCUGAUAUCGAUUCAUGGGCUAGUAGCAAAACAUUUAAUGUUGGUGAUGUUCUAUUGUUCCAGUACUCAUCAUCUCACAGUGUAAAUGAGGUGAGAAAAGAAAGUUUUGAAACAUGCAGCACGACAAAUAUAUUGAGAAAGUUUUCCAAUGGAAAUACGACAGUUAUAUUGUCAAAUAGUGGUAUCAGAUAUUUUGUUUGUGGCAACAAGUUGCAUUGUCUAGGAGGCAUGAAGCUUAAAGUAGAUGUAGAUGAGAAAUCAACUAGUGUUGGUGCUCCUCAAGCACAGUCUGAAGGAGCUGCUACGCUCCCGCAGCCUUCCUCUAAAAGCAACAAUCCUUCAACUGUUAUUCCAACUUCAACUGGGUAUAUGAAUGGUGGAUUUCAAUCUCAGCUAAUAGCCUCCAUGUGUUUGACUGCUGCAAUGCUACUUGAAAUUAAUGUUGGUAUAUAGCUCAGCAUGCACCAUUACUCCUUGCAGUGGCGGAGCUAUUAAGAGACUCAAGGGGUUAUGGCUCUUACUAAAAUGGUAGAUUUUUAAUUUAAAUUUUUUAUAAUUUAUAAAGUUUUAAA